AUGGCGCUUGCAGUCCUCCAGCGCGAGGGUCCUGGCGCCGGCGCGGACACCAUCACGCUGGACGAUGAGCUCAUAGACCUUGGUUGCAGGCACGUCGGCGCUGACGCAGCAUCACGCGUGCGAGAAGUUCAUUGCACGCUCGAGAUUGAGCGACGCCGUCUUUCGGCGACGCCUCACGAUACGACGUGGCUCUUUUAUGGCGGCGCGUGGAAUGCCUUCAGCCAAGGUGACCGUUGCCCACCACUCAAGACCGGCGACAAAAUCGCGCUCGACCGUGAGCGAUCAACCGUCUGGCACGUCCAAGACCUCUCGCCGUCUCCGCCACCCUGUGAGGUCGAGGGCGCGCCGGCGCCGAAGCGGCACUACAGCGGCCGCAGCAACAGCGGCGGCGACGCCGCGGAUCCUGCAACUCCCGCAGCAGCUGCCCCGUCGGCCGCAACACCGGGUGGCGGGGCUCCGUGGGUUGAAGCGGGACCGUCAGCAGCGCCCGCGCCGUCAGCAGCGCCCGCGCCGUCAGCAGCUGCCCCGUCGGCUGCGGGGGUUGGCUUUGGAGGCGCCGAGGGACUGGGAGGCGGCUGGUUCGGAGGCGCCGAGGCGAUGGGGAUGGGCGAGACGGCAUUCUGCCCGCGCUUCAAGAGCAGCGUGGCCGACCUGGUCCGGCUUCUGGGCCGCGUGGACAGCGACGCCGACGAGCUUUCGGACGAGGAGGAGGGCGGCGCCUGCGGCUCAGCAGAGCGAGCCCGGCUCGAGGCGCUGAGCGUGCGCCAGCUCAAGGACGAGGGCUCGCGCCGUGCCGUCGACUUGUCCGGCUGCAUCGAGAAGUGCGACUUGGGCGUGUGGCAGCGCCGCAAGAAGGAGUGGCACGACUUGUUCGACUCGAGCCUCGGCCGCGACGAGGACCUGCUCGGCGCGGGGCUGCGGCACCUGCUCCCCGCCUCCUCCAAGCUCAACGGCACCUCGGUCUUCGACCCCGUCCUCAUGGAGAACGUCGUCUCCUGGUGGGUGCCGCGCCCGCGCAAGGUGAGGCACCGCCCCGUGGUUGUGAUCGACCCCUUCGCGGGCGGGGUCGUGCGCGGCUUCGUCGCGGCGGCAAAAGGCGUGCAGUACAUCGGCGUCGACGUCUCCGCGCGGCAGGUGGAGGCGAACCGGAAGCAGGUGCCGCAGGGGCAGUGGGACUUCCGCCACCCGCCGAUCUGGGUCGUGGGCGACAGCGAGCAGAUCGCCACGCUCGUGCCCAAGGAGCUGCACCGGCUUGGCCUCGAGCCGCUGGCCGACGCGAUCGUCUCGUGCCCGCCCUACUUCAACCUGGAGGAGUACAAGGCCGGGCCAAAGGACCUGAGCGGCCUGCCCUCCUACGCGACCUUCCUCGUCAAGUACAAGCGCAUCGUCGCCAACGCCGUGUCGCUGCUCCGCCCAAAGGCCCUCUCGACGUUUGUCGUGGGCAACUUUCGUGGGAAGGGAGGUGCCCUCGAGCUGUUCCACAGCGACACCAUCAGCGCCUUCAAGGAGGCGGGCUGCAGCCUGUACAACGACGCCGUCCUCACCACGUCCACCGGCACGGCCGCGCUGCGAGCCACCAGGACCAUGGGGUCGGGCGCGAAGCUGGUGCCGACCCACCAAAACGUGGUCGUCUUCGUCAAGGGGGAGGGGUUCACGCCCGCCGACGCGCGCGCCUCCGGCAUCCGACCGAACGCUGCAGAGUCUCAGUCGCAGGGCUGA